UAGGAGUCAACCCAUUCGACCACUUCAAAAUUCAUGAGUGCGCAUUUUCAGAUUUUCUGCAGCUACGGAGAGGGAUACUAACACUACAUGGACUAGCUUGUUAGCUAGAUCUCAACAAAUGUAUGCAUACUUACACUUCAGUUGUGCAUUUUGUUUAAUUUCAAGACCAACCUUCCUCGUCUGAAGAGCACUACAGUGUAUUUUUAGCCAACAUGGCUGAGGACAACGAGUGGGUUGUGGAGAGCAUCGCUGGAUAUUUGGGAAGUCCUGAAUGGGUCAUUCCAUACACUGACUUCUUGGAAAACAAAUGCACAGUUUUUGAUGACGAAGAUGAAAAUAAAUUGACUUAUACAGAAAUCCAUCAGCAGUACAAGCAUUUGGUGGAGAAGUUGUUAGAAACCUACAUGCAAGAGGUUGGCAUCGAUGAGCAGCAGUUUUUGGAGGCAUGCUCCUCUCCUUUUGCCAAGUCCAAAAUCUUACAGACUGUAUUCCAGCCCGUCCUGGCCACAGACGACUUCCAGAUGUUCAGGUCUCUCAUGGUGCAGAAGAACAUGGAGCUCCAGCUCCAGGCGCUGCAGGUCAUUAAAGAGAGAAAUGGCGCCCUGCCUGAGUGUCUCACAGAUGGAGCAGACGUGAUGAGUGAACUGGAGCAGCAGGAGAUGAAGAUUAUACAGGAGGUUCUGAAGAGGUCAAAGGAGGAUUAUGACCUAGAGAUGGCUCGGCGACUGCAGUCAGAGGAGAUCGGCUCCACGUCCAGAAGCUGCUCUGAUAGGCCAGUUCUAGAGGCAGUCAGCAUCCAGAGGCCCACCUCCAUUCAACAGACCGACAAGGUGAACAGUACAUCUCCUCAGAGAGGGGAGCUGAAGGCUGCUGGAGGUAGUGGGCAGAUGAGUCCAGCCAAUACCAGCACAUCUCCCCCUUCUAAGUUGGCAUCAGAACCACGAGUCCUUCCUGCUGUGAGGGUUCCAGUGAAGGGCAUAGAGCUUCCGGCUGUCUCCAGGGAGAAGGGCAGCAGCCAGGCAGUAGAGGGCUGGAUAGAAGAGGCACGCAAGGAGGCUGGCAUCUCCAAGCCGUUCACAGAGUUGUCAGCAGAGCAGCAGGUGCAACUCCAGCAGAGGGCGCUGUACCUGAGGCAGCAGAGGGACAAACUUCAGGCCAUGAAAAGAGAGCAGAGACCCAAACCAGCCACACCAGAGGAACCCCCUGCCCCCAGCACACCGGACUAUGUUCCUAAAAUGAACAGGGGUGGUGCUAGUAGUGUACAGGAAGAGAUGGUCAAUGCCUCGCAGCCUGCAAGCUCUCUCGUUGGGGGACAUAAACCCAAGGUGAUCUGGGUUGAAGUGACAACUGUCUCCACUUUGUAGUGCUGCUGCCCCGUGUGCUUCUACUCUUCGGGCUCUAUUCAGUCUAGAUCGCUGAAGCUUUAGAUUGCGCAAUAUGAAAAGGGUCACUUCCAAUUGAGCCGGCAUAUGCAGUCGCCACUAACAUCGCUUUUAAGUCAGGCU